UUCAAACAUCUCUCUGUUUCAUCGUCUUCCACUCUUCUUCUCAGCCGCCAAUGGCGACCUCCGAGGACCGACCUCCGGCGAUGUCGGCGAUGAUCCGUCUGGCCGAGAAGCACGACGUGCCGCACAUCCUGCGCUUGAUCCAUCAAAUGGCGGUGUUCGAGCACCUCACCCAUCUCUUCUCCGCCACCGAGCCCUCCCUCUCCGCCACCCUCUUCCCCUCCAACCCUUCCCCUCCAUUCCUCUCCUUCACCGUUAUCAUCCUCGAGCUAUCACCAUCUCCAUCGCCGCCGGCUCCCAACCUUUCCUUCACUCCGAUCGUCCGCGAACUCGAUCUGAGUCCCUCGAUCUCCGAUCCAGACUCCGAGACCUUCACAUCAUCCGGUGGAGUGGUCGCCGGGUUCGUGCUUUGCUUCCCUAACUACUCUUCAUUCCUGGCGAAGCCGGGGCUAUACAUCGAGGAUAUAUUUGUUAGGGAACCGUACCGGAGGAUGGGAUUGGGACGGAUGCUGCUGUCGGCGGUGGCUGGGCAGGCGGCGAAGAUGGGUUUCGGCCGGGUUGAGUGGUGUGUGUUGGAUUGGAAUGUGAAUGCCAUCAAGUUCUAUGAGGAGAUGGGCGCUGAUGUUAUGCAAGAAUGGAGGAUUUGCAGGCUUACUGGUGAUAAGCUGCAGGCCUAUGCAAAGGAUCACCAUCAGGAUUGAGAUUUAUGCUGAGUGCUUCCGCAAAUAUGCAACAUAACUGCUGCAGGAGAUGGUGAGUUUCAAGAACUGUGAGAGUUGGGUUGAAUGAUAAUGUCACAGGUUGGCAAUUCAUGUAUUGCGGAGGCAAACUCAAAUUCCUUGAUGUUUUCAGGAAAGUUUUUAUUCUUGAACUAUUGCAAUUUACUAUUUUGAUGAAAUUUGGUUACUGCCAAACUUCCAGUGAUUGUCAAGCCAAGUGGAAAAAAAGAAAAAGAAAUAGCUAAUGCAAUUUUAUUUGAUUGUAAUAGUUACUCAGCAUCCAGCAGUAAAUUGUGUUGCUCUUCUUUACUUUCAAGGACAGGGCUUCUUUUGAGAGGGGGAAUUGCUAUUCGGAGGAUGCCCUCCUUUUUUGCCA